CUUUGCAAAAGUGGUUUUAAUUUUCAAGCCGCGCCAUAGAUGUCACUGAGCGUGACAUUCGAUAUUGGGGUUAGUGGCUUUUUUCAGUUUUGAAAAUUUGAAAAUCGUGAUGGAAGAGAGCCGGGAAUCGUCUCAAAAACGUUGGACACACCUGAAAAAGGUGCUUGAGCGUCCCGGCCCUUUCAGCCAUCCUGAGUUCGAGCCAUCUCCGGAUAUUUUGGACUUUAUUUUGUCGUCUUGCAAGGUGUUAAUAAUAGGUGCCGGCGGUUUGGGCUGCGAACUGUUGAAGGAUUUGGCAAUGAUGGGGUUUAAACACAUACACAUAGUCGAUAUGGACACCAUUGACGUGUCGAAUUUGAACAGACAGUUUUUGUUUCGUGAAAAAGAUGUGGGGGUGGCCAAGGCCCAAGUUGCAGCUGACUAUGUCAAUAAGAGGGUUGCAGGGUGCCAGGUAACCCCGCACAAGUGCGCCAUUGAAGAGCUUGAUUCGGAAUUCUACAGACAGUUUCAUGUAAUUGUAUGCGGAUUGGACUCUAUAGUGGCACGCCGUUGGAUCAACGGCAUGGUCGUCUCGUUAUUGAAUUACGACGAGAACGGGGUGCUGGAUCAAUCCAGCGUCGUACCGUUGGUAGAUGGUGGUACAGAAGGAUUUAAAGGCAAUGCCCGCGUCAUCCUUCCUGGCAUAACAGCCUGUAUAGAAUGUACCUUGGACCUAUACCCUCCUCAACUUACAUACCCUCUUUGCACUAUAGCAAACACACCCCGUCUGCCUGAACACUGUGUGGAAUAUGUCAAAGUGGUACAGUGGCCCAAUGAAAAUCCGUUUGGCACUUCCCUCGACGGAGAUGAUGUCACCCACCUGACCUGGGUCUAUGAAAAGUCGUUGGAACGCGCGAACCAGUUCAAUAUUAAAGGAGUGACCUUCCGGUUGACGCAGGGCGUGGUCAAAAACAUAAUACCGGCAGUGGCGUCGACGAACGCGUUCAUCGCAGGGGUGUGCGCGGCGGAAGUAUUCAAGCUGGCGACCAAUUGCUGCAUGCCCCUCAACAAUUUUAUGGUAUACAAUAACAUUGACGGUAUCUACACGUAUUCCUAUGAAGCAGAACGCAAAGAGAACUGCACCGUGUGUUCCAAUAUUCCGCAUUCCGUCGAAGUGGCGGAUUCGUCUAAAAUGAAAUUGAAAGAUCUUAUAGCCACGCUUUGUGAGAGUGAAAAGUUCCAAAUGAAGAAUCCCGGCUUGACUACCGUGAUCGAUGGAAAAAAUAAGACCCUGUACAUACCGACGAUUAAAGUAAUCGAGGAGAGGACGAGGGUCAACUUGACAAAAACGCUGGACGAGUUGGAACUCAAGCACGGUCAAGAAAUUGUGGUCGCUGACGUCACGACCCCCACUUCCGUUAUUAUUAAGCUCGUGUAUAAAGUUAACGACGUGGAAAUGUCAAGUUAGUUGUUAUGUCUGUAUGUUCCAUUACGGUUAUAUUUGUUUUUUAUUGUUUGUAAAAAUUAAUAAAAACUGUGUUGUUGUUUUUCUCCAAGUACCUGUAGCUCACCGCUUGCUUUUAUUGCACUUUUGAACACAUGUAAUACAAAAUUUCAUUUUUUUACCAGCUUUUUAAUGCAACAACAGCUCCCUAAAAAGAGUUGAUUGCCAAAUUUUAAGCAAAAAGAUUCAUUCAUCAAUUGCAGCCAUUGAUUGCAUAAAGACUGCGAGUUUCCGAAGUUCCCGAAAUUAUCAUGGUUUC